UAGAAAUCCAUUGGGGUCUCCCCGCGCAGGUUCGAAUCCUGCCGACUACGAUGGUCCUUUUUGGUAUAUAUUGCUGUAUAACUUAGCUAUCUUAGCUAGUUUAGUCACUUACAUUUUUAAGACAAACAAGCCGGACCUUACGCUCUACCAACAUAACGAAUUUAGGCAAGAUGACAACAGACACAGCUUGCUAUGUCUUUUCGCUAGCCAGUCAGCCAACAGUUAGCUAGCUAGCUAGCUGGCUAAAAGUAAGUUAAAGCUAACGCCAGCAAAGCUAACGAAGGAAGCAGUUUGGGUCUCAUGACUCGGGUCUGAUUACAAGGCUGAAGUUGGUUUCCUAUCCGCCAGCGUUUUGUUUUCCCGUAAAUGCUGCACCAUUUAAGGUGGAACUGGAAAAUUCGAACAAGAAGUUGGCGCAUAAGAAGCUGACUUCAGCUUCGUGGUCUGCAUAGCUGGCUGUGUUUUUCACAUUCACAAGAAUUAUGCAAAGCUAAAUGACGACAAAGCUUCAUUAACAAGUUUGAACAUGCCAGAUGGACUUAUUACGAGCAGGCCUCUGCAGAAUGAGGCUACUGGUAUCGAUCUGCAGGUGCCACAGUACCAGGAGAUCAGAGGGCCCAUGAUGACUGGCCAUGUAGAGUACCAGAUAGUUGUGGUCACCCGCCUUGCUGCCUUCAAGUCUGCUAAGCACAAACCAGGAGAUGUUGUACAGUUAGUGGUCUCAAAGAAGUACAGUGAAAUUGAUGAGUUCUGCCACAACCUAGUUGCUCAGUAUCCCAGUAUCCAUCUCCCUGCCAUGCCCCGAAAAGCCCUGUUUGUGGGUGAGACUGACAUCCGUGAACGCAGAGCAGCCUUCGACGAGCUUGUCCGAUUUAUUGCCAAACACCCAACUCUGUCAACCUGUCCAGAGUUAUUGGAGUUCUUGGGAGCGAAGAGUAACGUCCGUGAUGUCACAUCUUCAAACUCCCCUGACUGGUUAGUAGAGGAAGACGAUGAUGGGCUGGAUUUCUUUGGAAAAGAAAAUGAGGCUUCUACUACUCAGACUGACCGAGUUAAAAAGCCAGCGAAGGCAGUCAAGCCAACCCAGGAAGAAGAAGAAGAUGAAGAGGAGUUAUUUGAUCCCUUAGGAGGUGUGAGAUCAAAGAAACCCAAGCCUGUACAACCUGUGCCCAAGCCUGCACCUACACCCAAACUGUCCCUCUUUGAUGAGGAGGAUGACCCAGACAAGGAGCUCUUUCAGCCUGCAGUAAAGGACAGUAACCUGAGACUGUUUGAGGACCCAGACUUAGGUGGACCUGUCACUGUUGGAGACACUUUGCUCCUCUCUAAUGCCUACCAGAAGAGUGCGGCUUCUGCUGCUCCCAAGCUAGAUGAAGACGUGGAUGAGCUCUUUAGGGUGGAGGAGGAUUUGGACAAACUUCUAGCAAUAAGUAAACCUGUCAGACCAAAACCAGCCAUUGCCCCGAAACCCAAACCAGCACUAAAGCCCAAGCCAGCCGUUCCUCAGAAGCCUCCUUCUCUGGCACAGGCUAGUGGAGCCGCUCCUCAGUCAGGCACUGCCCAGGCCAUGGAUCAGCUAGACAUACUAAAGUACAUCCAGCAAAACGAGGCUGCUGUCAGUGAGGACCUUGAUCUUUUUUAGCUUUGCUGUUCAGAAACCAAAGCUCAGCAAUCCUGAACCUUAACCUGACUUUAACGUCGGCUUAUUUGGUGUUGAGAGUGGGACAGAAUGUAUUACCUGACAAGUAGUGAUGUUCAUUAAUGAUGCAAUAUUGGUGAUUUCUGAAAACAGCUUCGUUAUCUGUUUAUCCUUUUCAUCUCAUUUUGAAACCUUCAGUUCACGGAGUUCAGUUUUCAGUCAUGAACACCUAUCAAACCAAAGAGCUGGACAUGAUUCUCUUUUAUAGAAUUGAAGUAUACUUUUUUUCAGUGACCCUCAGCAAGGUGAUGACAGUAAGAAUAUAAUUACCUAAAAUCUCCCUCGUUACUCUUUGUAAGGGCAGAUUCUAAGCAUGGAUGUUUGUACAUUUGUGACCUAAUUUUGUUGAUGGAAACGAUGGUGAUUGCUGAGAAAGAAGUCUCAUCUGGUGGUGCAGCUCAUUGGUUUAUGGCAUGUUUUGCAUUAUGAAGGAUUUUUUCAUUGUAUCAGUGGUAAGGUAGUAAACUUUUUAUAGUGAAAAUUAUUCUGCACAAAAGAGCUCAGCCACUCAAAUGAUGAUCUACAGGAGUGUUUGGUAUGUUUUAGUAAAUCAUGCAGACCAAAUUUUUGGAUUUCUCAUUGGAGAGUUUUGGUUAGCAGUGAAUAUCAGGAGUGAGCUUUUGAAAUAGCAUGGCAUUUUGUUGGAUCAUGAUAACCCAUUAUGUUGAGCACUUUAAGUAACAAUGCACAGCACUGCCAAUUAAAAGAAUGACAACAGAA